CUUGAAUCGACCACAUGCUAUUCUUGACGUCGGCAUGUCGGAAACAGAUUUAAAUCCCAAAUCGUACGUCAUUUUAAUAUCACAUUAUGCCGUGGUAGAGGACAUUUAAACCAGCUUCCGAGGAUAGCAUCCACGUCGGGCUUGGACUAAACACAUAACUCCAGCAGCGCGCGGGGGGAAUAAAGAACCUAUAAUUCAUAUUGAUCCCGUUCUUUCGAAAUAUAAGAAAAAAGAAACUGAAAUGUCUUCUGUGAACGACGCACAAAACGCGGGGGCCAAAGCCGGCGACGCGAUCAAGCAAGGCGCUGCCAAAAUCCACGGGGUUGGCGAGGCCCUGCGCGGCAAUAUCAACAUGUUUGCAGACAGUGCAACCAACACUGACAGCACCAAGAGUCGAGAGGUUGCCGAGCGGGGAGAACAAGAGUUCAGAACUGGAAAGUUCAUGGAACCGUCGGCGGGCCUGACGCCACGUGAUGCGGAGAAGAAUAUCGAGGGCGAAAGUUCAAUACCCGCGCAUGAUUCUACUUCAUCUGGGAGGACGCUUUAGAGGAGCUUGUGAGGAAUUUUUGUCUGAUGCUCGAAUUGUUCCUUGGGGAGAUAUAUCUCGACGACCACAAUAGGUGCGAUCUUCGAAAUAUGUCGUUCUUCAAAUCAAUUGAUCUCCUUUAUGCCAACGUCCGCCGCAGCGAACAAAAGAGGCGAGCAAACGAAAUUUCCCUCAAUAGAAGCAACAUCAGAUUCCCACACCUUAACUUCUACUCUUGAAGGUACACUCGUUCUGUUUUUCAAGAGCUCUGCUUCUGUCAAAAUAAGAAUAUGAAGCUUUAAAAAGAUUGUGUCUAGCUAUAAUACAGACUACUGUUUCCCGCUCGUGUUAUCAGCGCUGGAUUUAGCUCAAUUAAAUCAUGCCAAAUAAUCUCAAAUAGAGGCUAGAAAUGG